ACGAGCCAAUCUUUGACGAUCGCAUCGUCAAGAUUGAGACUCAUGCGUACAACCCGUUCGCCAAUACGACGUUCGGGUACAGCGAUGAGAUAAGAAUACCUAUACAGCAACAGGAUCUGUACACAUUGCCGUACGAAAGCUUUCUAUAUAUCGAGGGAAAACUAACGAAGAACAGAGUUGUCGAGGGAUCUGAUGUAGUGUUGGGAAAUAAUUUUGUCGCGUUCCUGUUCGAUGAGAUUCGAUACGAGCUUGAUGGUGUGGAGAUUGAUCAUAACAGAAACGUGGGCGUAACCAGCACGC